ACAAACGGAAAAUUUCACUUUUCCUAUAAGUCAUGCCCCAAUGUCAACCGUCUGAAAAGUAGAACGUAGAACAUAACCUCAAAUUAAAAAAAAAAUAAAUAUAUAAACUUCAUCAAAUUGUUUCUUUGGAUACUGCAGGGGACAGUUAUCAAAAUGCGAACCCCAGUGAUUCUUUUAGCAUGUGGAUGCUUCAAUCCACCCACAAACAUGCAUUUAAGAAUGUUUGAAAUUGCCAGAGAUUAUUUACACAGAAUGGGAGCUUAUGAGGUCAUAGGCGGAAUUAUAUCUCCGGUUCAUGAUGGCUAUGGCAAGAAAGAGUUGGUUUCGUCCACUCACCGGGUUAAUAUGAUCAGAACAGCCCUACAUGGCAAUGACUGGGUUAAAUUGUCUGACUGGGAAGUGAAACAAGAGUGUUGGACAACAACCAGACAGAUUCUACAAUAUCAUCAAAAUCAUGUGAAUGCUUAUCUACACUCUGAUAACAACAUAGACAUCAACGAAGAUGAACUGAAAUGGAUGCCAGACAACAUAAAGAAAAGGUGUGGAGAUUCCAAAGGUGUCACAGUCAAACUGCUUUGUGGAGCUGACUUGUUGGAAUCAUUUGGCACCCCUGGAUUGUGGGCAGAUGAAGAUAUGGAGGCUAUUGUAGGACAACAUGGACUGGUGGUCAUAACUAGAUGUAAUGGAAACCCUAGUGAAUUUAUUUAUAAUUCUGAUAUGCUCACUAAAUAUAUGGCAAAUAUUUUAAUAGUAACUGAAUGGAUUAGAAAUGAAGUUAGUUCAACCAAAAUAAGGAGGGCACUAAGAAGAUCUGAAUCUGUUAAGUAUUUAAUUGCUGAUAAAGUGAUCGAUUAUAUUCACAAACAUGGAUUGUAUGGGGCAGAUAAGACUAAGUACUUAACCCCAAUUGACAUAACCAGUUCAAUUUUUCUUACUCCAUCAUCGGAUAUCGAGGUAACAGACUCCCCAAGCCCCACAAAUUGUCUUUACAUUUGCAACAACAAUUUAUUUAACAAAAACUCAAGUAAAUUUGACAGGAUGUCUGUGGGCACCAUAGAAUCAUUCCGCAGUCACACUCAACAGCCUUUAAAGGCAACCAUGACAAGACACCCUGGACAGGCUGUUAAAAUUGUCACUGAGAGUAGUGGGGAUCAUAGGAUCAUCGGUAAAACUAAUAAGACAUCUCUAGAACGAGCUGCAUGUUUGUAGACCUCCUUGAUGUUGCCUGCGCCCCAUUAGUUUUUUCUUUAGAACCGUUUUUAGUUGUUAAUAUUGUUCAUUGUAGUUCAUACCCAUUUGCCUUUUUGGAGGCAUUUAAAGGGUUUUGAAGACAUUUUCACUGCGUGAGAGUUGUCUCAAGUCCCGUCAAUAUGGUGGUAUUUAUUAGUAUCUGAUGUAACGCUAAAUGUCAGUAGAAAAGAAUUAUCUUAACAGAUUUUAUUAUACAUUAGACAAAAUAGGUUAAUAUCAGAUACUAUCCUACCAUUUUCUUUAAAGGUAAACUGUGUAGAGGGAAUUUGAAACUGACUCAGAAUAAUAUCAAAAAUAUCAAAAGUAGAAUGUUCAUACAUGUAAAUUUUAUUAGUUGUACUAAUUAGUACAUAAAUGUAACAAUAAUCACUUGUUGCUGUAAGGCUUAUAUUAUGUGAUAUUAGUUUCUAUUUGGGCUGGGUUUACUUAGUCUUUCUGUAAUUUAAUUUUUGUAAAAACAAUAUUAUAUAGUGAAGCAUAAAGCUUAAUAUUUUUAUAUUUUAUUUAGCGUAAACUAAUAUGAUAUUAUUACAAGUACCUGUAUUGAAAACUAUGAGCAAAAAUAAAGGAGCAGUGACAGUCAAGUCAGCGCUCAUUUAUAUUUGCCCUAAAUUUUAUUUUUUAACGCAGUUUCCGUUUUUUUAUUAGUUAAAGGCUCUGUCAAAAAUUUGAAAUAAAAUUUGAUGUAAUUACAAAA